UCAAUUUCCAGUGCCACCCCCAUGUCUACCCUUAUUGGCAAAUUCUUUCCCGCUUCCUCUAAUCUCUUUAAAAAUCUCUCUUUCUACGUCGGUCGAAAGGGAGGAAAGGCAGCUAGCCGAAGACCGUGGGAAGGUCUAGGGAGACUGGCCGGCCGAGGCUGGCGAGGAGGCAGCGCCAGGACCGCAGAAGCUGGACAGGCCUCUCCACUGGCGAAGAGGGGUGGAGCCACGAGCGGGGCCGCCUCUCUUCUCUCCCCGGGCCUGGGCGGAGAGGGAGGAAAACUUCCUGGCUGGGACUCUGGCGGUUUCUGCCUGCCAGCCCUCCGAUCCCGCCUACCAGUGUUGGCUCUUCCCGACCCCUCCCCCGGCGCCCCCAGUGUCCGCCAUGGCCAAAGCCUACGACCACCUCUUCAAGUUGCUGCUGAUCGGGGACUCGGGGGUGGGCAAGACCUGUCUGAUCAUUCGCUUUGCAGAGGACAACUUCAACAGCACUUACAUCUCCACCAUCGGGACACAGCUGGCCAGGAACGAUUCAAGACAAUAACUACUGCCUAUUACCGUGGAGCCAUGGGCAUCAUCCUCGUAUAUGACAUCACCGAUGAGAAAUCCUUCGAGAAUAUUCAAAACUGGAUGAAAAGCAUCAAAGAGAAUGCCUCUGCCGGAGUGGAGCGCCUCCUGCUGGGGAACAAGUGUGACAUGGAGGUUAAGCGGAAGGUGCAGAAAGAGCAGGCCAAUAAGUUGGCUCGAGAGCACGGAAUCCGAUUCUUUGAGACGAGUGCCAAAUCCAGUAUGAAUGUGGAUGAGGCUUUCAAUUCCCUGGCCCGUGACAUCUUGCUCAAGUCAGGAGGUCGGAGACCGGGGAACAACAGCAAGCCCUCAAGCACUGACCUGAAAUCAUCUGACAAGAAGAACACCAACAAGUGCUCCCUGGGCUGAGGGACGGACGCUGCCUCCUCCUCACCCUGAACCUGGAGGCUAGACCUGAGGGAGGUGGGCUGAGGGGCUGCACAGGAGAGAAACUGGUGGGACCUAGAGGGGUAGAUGAGCUGGUGAUAAGGAGGAUGAGGAGGAAGGACAGAAAGAAAGGGGCAGGGAAAGGAGAGGAAGGAAUCGAGGAUGUGAAAGGUGAAAGGUUUGAGAAGAGGAAAGGAAGAAUAAUGGUCUCAGGUCUUGGACUGUCCUUGGGUUUAAGGUCAGACAUUGAUGUAAAUAUGUUGAGUUCUCUGUUACUGGUUCAGGUUUAGGGUCCUGAGAGGCCGGCUCAGCACUACUCUGGAGGUUGCUCACUACAUGGUCUUUGUUAGUAUUAAAGGCCACUGUUUUGCA